AUGGCGCUCGCAGUGCCUGCAGCCAAGGCGGGUUUGGUUCUGACACUCGGCACAUGCCAGCACCCUACCUCGGCACACGCCUUCUCUGUGCCUAUCAAUGAGAGCGAUAUGGCACUGGCAGCAAUCCAAACUCUGAGCAGGGCUGGUGAGAAGUUGGGCUUUCAGCCCCAGGAUGUUGUUGGCAUUACAGCCUACAAGGGCCAACUCCUGCCUCAGCCACCUUCGCAGCGCUGUCCAGAGGAGCGCUGCUGCUGUGGGACUAUGGGCACAUCUCGAGGUCCAGAGGAGAUUGCAAAGAUGAUGCAAGAUCUCAUGGAGGAUGCAAGGCAGAUUCAGGCAGGGCUCAGACCGCGAGCCACAGGCUUGCUGCACAUCCUUCCGAGAAAGGACCUCACAGUACAACCUGCUUUGCGCAGCACGGGGUGCACCCAAGCUGCUGAUGCUGUCGCUCGCCCGGAAGCCAUAACUUCCAUCUUCUCACAGACUGAAGUUAGCCGGCCACUGGACAAACACGAGCUGCAGCUUCGCAAGAAGUCUCCCAGAAGCCUUCGUCAAGAUGCACAAGGCCUCUGGACAGCUCUGGAAAAGUCAAAGGUGUACAUUCCUCCAGUACCAGAUGACGCACCCACAUCCCGUGACCGGUUUCAUCUAGAACGGCAUGGGCAUGGCAGGGGCAACACGAAGAGCACCAAGAAGAGGAGAAAACGAGAGGAUCGCGAGAGCCUCUGCCGGCAGCCAAGUCGCUUGAUCCUGCACCUGGAGCAGGUCGCACUUGAAAACGGUGUGUCUCCUCCACCCCGAGACCAUGGCAGUAACUCUGUGGCCCCAGGGUCAGAGGAGGACUCUGAAGGCCCUCUUCCCUAA